CCUGUGGCCCAGCGCGGGGUACGUGCGACGCGAGCGCCAGGCGCGCCCGGAGACGACGCGGAGCCAUGAGCCGCCUGGCCCUGAGCGCGGCGGCGCUGCUGCUGGCGCUGCUGCUGGCGCUGCUGCUGGAGUGCACAGAGGCCAAAAAGCACUGCUGGUAUUUUGAAGGACUCUACCCAACAUAUUACAUAUGCCGCCCCUACGAGGACUGCUGCGGCUCCCGGUGCUGCGUGCGGGCCCUGUCCAUCCAGCGGCUGUGGUAUUUCUGGUUCCUCCUGAUGAUGGGCGUCCUCUUCUGCUGCGGCGCUGGCUUCUUCAUCCGGAGGCGCAUGUACCCCCCGCCGCUGAUCGAGGAGCCAGCCUUCAACGUGUCCUACACCAGACAGCCCCCGACCCCGGCGCCAGGAGCCCAGCCGCCGGGGCCGCCCUACCACACCGACCCCGGAGGACCAGGGAUGAAUCCUGCCGGCAACCCCAUGGCGAUGGCCUUCCAGGUGCAGCCCCACUCGCCCCUCGGCAGCGUGGCCUACCCCCCGCCCCCUUCCUACUGCAACACGCCCCCGCCCCCCUACGAGCAGGUGGUGAAGGCCAAGUAGCGGGGGCGCGGCCCGGAGCCUGCCGGGGUGAUGUGGCGGGGGCGAC